GUACAAGUAAUGGGUUUUGGCAUGUGUGAAACAGGUUCUGGAUAUGAUUAGUAAUCCGCAUUAUUUGUACCGAAUGACCGUACUUCAAUCCAUCUCUCUGCUUGCUCCUGUAAUGGGACCUGAAAUCACUUGUUCAAAAUUAUUGCCUGUUGUUAUUACUGCAUCUAAAGACAGAGUACCCAACAUUAAGUUCAAUGUGGCAAAGGUCUUGGAAUCACUCUUCCCCAUAGUGGAUCAAUCUGUUGUGGAAAAGUCUAUCCGACCUAGUCUGGUUGAGCUCAGUGAGGAUCCCGAUGUUGAUGUAAGAUUUUUUUCCAAUCAAGCACUUCAGGCUAUUGAUCAUGUCAUGAUGUCUAGCUAGGCUGCAUUCUUUACCACGCAUUAGAUGGAAGCCUUUUGUGGAGAUGUUAAUGUUUCCACCUAUCGGCAUUCUUGUGUUCUACUUGGGUUCUUCUCAGCGAUAGUUAAGUGGUUUUGUGAGCUACAUCCUAGUCAACAACGAUUGAUAUGGUUUUGUUCCCUUGUAUAAUUUUAUGCUGAUUGUAUCAUUACUAGGUUCCUUUUGUUUUUGUUUUUGUCGUCAGAGAUUAAAUUGCUGGUCCUGUGACUGCUAAAAUAGGACUCUAUAUAGGUUAAGUUAAGUGUGAUCAAAUCUUAGCUUGUAAAACUGUAUUUUCUGUUAGUUAAUUAUCUAUUUUUGCAAAGAGCAAAAA